AUGGUCAAAGGUCCGGAGAAGGGGAUGCUGCCCGGGGAAAAGGGGACAUGGGAGCGGCUUCGGAGCAGGGGAAAGACACGGGGUCUCUCUGGGACCCCCUCCAACUCCCCAGGAGAAUCGAGGAGCCCUCGGGACACAGCCCCAGUGGCCCUCGGUGAGGUGGUGGAGACGGCAGGUGGGGGAUGCAAGUUCCCAGGGCAGCGGCUGAGCUGGUGGCACGCCCAAGAGUCCUGCGCGCAGCAGUUUGGCCACUCGGCACUGGGUGCCCCAGGUGGGGUCCUCGCUUCACCGCUGCCCGACACCAUCUGGGUGGCCCAAAGAAAAGCCCCUUUACAAAGAGGCCCACGGAGGCAUGAGUGCGCGCGAACCACAGCGGCGCUGGUUCUCCAAGAGAGGACCACAGACCCGGCGGCACAGCUGCGGAAACCCCUGCCCGCGCUGGGGGCGCUGACGGUGUGCGUGCACCUGCAGUGGGACGCUGCCUCUACCGACACCGCCGCGCUGUUCUCUCUCGGCGCGCCAACGCUGGCUAACGCGCAGCAGCUGCGCGCUUUGGCCGAGCCUGGCAGCGCCGUGCCCGUCGUGCUUCUGGUGCGCGGGCACCACGAGCCCUUCCUCGCUGCCCUCCUCGCGGAUGGCCGCUGGCACCACAUGUGCGCCACAUGGGAGCAGCGUGGCCGGCGCUGGGUGCUGUGGGACCGGCGGCGGCGCGGAGGAGUUCAGGGACUGGGCGCAGGAGUUCAGGGACUGGGCGCAGGCCAGCUGGUGCCACCUGGCGGCAUCCUCGUGCUGGGUUAAGAUCAGGAUUCUCGGUGGUGUCUUCUCCGUGGGUGAUGCCUUUGGGGCAACCUCACCGACUUCCACCUCUGGGCCCAGGCACUGAGCACCACGCACGCACAGGCCUGUGCGCCGCCCACCGACAGCCUGCCCUUCUGCUGGGACUCGGGCGUCCCCGACCUCACACCCUGGCGGCUGCUGCUGCCACCGGUGCAGGUGCGCCUUCUCUGUCCCAUGCCCUCAGAGGAGUGCCCUGCGUGGGACUCAGGACCCUGCAUCCAGGGCUCUUUGCCCCGCCUGCGGCGAUCCCAGCCCGGCGCCCCUUCCGCGGAGACCUAUCGGCGGCUGCAGGAGGCCCAGCCAUGGUCUGGCCAGGAUGUUAUCAGCCGAGUCAAUGCCGCGGACAAGGCCAUCGUGGAAGGCCCUGGCAGAGCCCAAGUGUGGGCCCCGGGGAUCCCCCCCGACAGCCAGACCAGCAGUAAGUGGCCCCUCUGCCCACGGCUCCUCCCUGACCCUCUCUCGGAAGCCCAUGGAGACCUGCCCCCUGACAAGGCCUCCAGCUUCCUGGAGGGAGUCCUGGCAAAGGAGGCCACUCUUCUGGGGCUGGCUGCGCUGCUGGCUGUCGUACACUUCCUGAAGAGGGUGACAGCCCUUGGGGCUGUGGGGCCAGAGGCCUUGACGGGACCCUGGGAGGAGCUGGGCCAAGGCGUCCCCUCUGUGGCCAGCAUGGUCCCGGAGCAGCGGCCGGCUGGUGCGUGGCUGUCGGUCAGCGAGAAUCUGCUGACCGCCUCAAGUGCGAUGUCCUCCGAGCUGAGUGUCCAGCCACCGUAUCUGCCGAAAAGGCCCGGGCACUCGAGAACACCAGUGACGCUGUCCAGAUGGAGCUUGAGAGAGGCCAGCGCAGAGGGCUGCGUGUUCACAGUGCCCGGCGGGCACCCGGAGGGGCGCCGCCUGCAGGUCCCCGCAGCUGAAGUGAGGCGGCUCCUUGGGAAAGGCGGAUUGCGGCACACCCACGUGGGCUCAGCCGUCAUUUCUUCUGAGCUCCGGGACGAGACCGGGGAGGUCACCACAGCUGUGACUUUUCACUGGCGACACCAAGCCCAGAAGCUGGCGGAGCCGGUCUGCGCCUUCUGGAACUUCAGCAUCUGGGCGGCUGUAAGGCCCCCGCGGGUCCUGCAGCCCGUGCUGGGCCUGACCUGGCUGCUGGGCACGCUGGUGCACCUCAGCCCGGCCUGUGCCUACGCCGCCGUGGGCCUUAAUUCCUUCCAGGUACCUCCAGGCCCUGGAGCCGUUACCAGGCUGGCAGGCUCUGGCAGCAGCCGGGAGGUGCAGACUGCAUGCUGGCAGAUCCUGAAUGCCAAGGCCACGGUGCGGCGUGAGGGAGUUAUCACCAAGGCUGUGGAGCUGAUGGCAUUCAAGUCUUCAGGUAACCUGAGCCAGAGGCGCGAAGGAGUGAAGGCUGCCAGCUGCGUGUCCUUCGAAGAGCCUGCCCCACCCUCCUGA